AUGAUUUUUGCACUACUGCUUCUUGUUCUAAGUGGCUUGAAGACAACAGCAGCAGCACAAACUGUAGGAGUGUGUUACGGACGAGUAGCGAAAAACUUACCACCAGCCCAAGAAGUAAUAGAUAUUUGCAAAGAAAAUGGCAUUGGAAGAAUGAGAAUAUAUGAGCCUGAUCCAUUAACCAUUCAAGCCUUAAGAGGGUCCAACAUAGAACUUCUUGUUGGGGUCCCUAAUGAACAAAUUCAUUCUCUUAGUGUUGAAGCAAUAGCCACUGAUUGGGUCCAAAACAAUAUACAAAACCACUCUCGAGAUGUCAAAUUUAGGUACAUUGUUGUUGGGAAUGAAAUAAAACCUGAUGAAACAACAGCACAGUUUGUUCUGCCCGCAAUGCAGAAUAUUUAUGCUGCACUUGUAUCUGCCAACUUACAAAGUCAAAUUAAGGUUUCAACAGCUAUAGAGCUGUCAUUGUUGGGAAGUUCUUAUCCUCCAUCUGUAGGAGCAUUUACUCCUUCUUCAUGUGCAUAUAUGAAGUCAAUUGUUAAUUUUCUAGUGAAGAAUGGAGCACCACUUCUUGUUAACGUGUACACUUAUUUCAGCUACAUAGGUGACCCCAAAAAUAUUAGCCUUUCCUAUGCCUUAUUCACCUCACCAACAGUUGUUGUAAAAGAUGGUGGUUAUGAGUAUAAGAAUCUCUUUGAUGCAUCAUUAGGAGCCCUUUAUGCAGGUUUGGAGAAGGUUGGUGCUUCUGAUUUGGAGAUAGUGGUAUCAGAGAGUGGAUGGCCAUCUAGUGGUGGUAUUGGCGCAUCAGAGGACAAUGCACAAGUCUAUUAUAAGAAUUUGAUUAAUCAUGUGGUGGGUGGUACUCCAAAGAGGCCUAAUCAUGCUGUAGAGACUUAUUUAUUUGCCAUGUUUGAUGAAGACCAAAAAGGGAUUGCUGAAACAAAAAGGAAUUUCGGUUUGUUCACACCCAAUAAACAGCCCAAGUACCGAAUUCAAUUUACAAACAGCCCACAUAGAGAUGAAGGUUUCUCUCCACGUGUAACAGGCGAGGGAAUAUUCUUUCUCUCUUUUUUUAUCCUUCUUGUUGUUUUACUUAUAGUAAGGUUGAUAUCUUGA